UCAUUGACGGAACGGGAGCAGCAGUUUUUCACGAGCCAUCAGCAAGAGUGCUGCAACCUACAGAAGCGAUCAAUUUCGAACAAAAGUUUCUAGUGUAGAAAACGCGUCAUUUCCCAGAAUAUUGCAAGACCAACAAAAUUUCUCGUGUUAAUAAAGUGCACCGGUUGAGGAGCUACUGAAAUCGUAUUACUACGCCGCGAAAAGUGUUCGGUCUACUCGGGAAAAGGUGCUUUCCAAAAUCGUCGUCUGGGGCCACUUUCCGGAGGGAGAGCCCCACCACGACCACGAGCGAUUGCAUAAACGGUGCGCCUAAAAUUUCGUGCAAAAGAAAAAGUUACGGAGUUUGAUUUGUGAUUACAUUGUGCACAGAAGAUCCGGAUGCCACAAACGGGAUAAUGUUACGUGAGCUGAUCGCCUGGGUGCUGAACAACUAUCUUGGCAAAUAUGUGGAAAAUUUGAAUACGGCCCAGCUGACAAUUGCACUACUGUCUGGUCAAGUGGAGCUCGAAAAUCUCCCGCUGCGCAAGGAUGCCCUCCGCAAUCUGGGACUACCGCUACAGAUCAUCGGUGGAACGAUCGGAAAAGUGAAGCUAACCGUCCCAGUGCGACAAUUCCGAACCGCCUCAUGGUGCCUCAACAUCGACAACGUGAACGUAGUGUGCGGCCCCAUCGAUCUGAACGAAUGGAACGCGGAUAUCGAACAGCAAACUGAGCUUGACUUCAAAAUUGCAUCGCUAGAUCGAUUAGAAGCAAAGUGGCGAGCCCAAAGAGAAACCCCCAUCACCGAGGGCAGCUACUAUGCCUCGUCCUAUUCCGGUUGGCUUAGCUACGGAACCUCGUUGAUGACAAACAUCAUCGAGAACCUGCAGCUGAAAAUAAACGGAAUACACGUCCGUUAUGAAGAUGCACUAACGGUUCCGAACCAAAAGUUUGCCUGUGGAAUUAACAUCGAAGCCCUCUCGGCGCAGAGUUGCGACCUAAACUGGAUUCCCGGCCAAACGUCCAACUGGAGCCAACAGCAGGUCACCUUCAAGCUGGUCGAGCUGACCAAUUUUGCCAUCUACUGGGAUCCGGUGGGCGGCAACGACCAGGUCUACAUUAUAAAUCCGAUCAGUGCCAAAGCACAGCUGAAGCGGGAUCGAAGUGAAACGCCGCUGCGCACCCGCAGCCGACCCCGCUUGGUGUGCGACCUGAUAUGGGACGAAAUUAAAAUUACGCUUAGCGAUAUCCAAUACAACCAAAUGAUGCAAUGCGUUCGUGGACUGGACGAUAUUGCGCGUUAUCGGCGUUUCAAAUUGCACCGACCGAGCAGCACUGUACGAGAGGACCCCAAAGCAUGGUGGCGAUACGCCGUUCGUUGCCACGGGCUUCUGCGGCAUUCGCAGUGUGAUCCGUUUGUGAUAGCGAGGGAAAAUUUGCGAUAUAUCAAUGUGUACAGCAGGGUGGUCGCCAAUCCCAACGAAGUGCUCUCCAGUGAUAAUAAAAGCUUCAAGGAUCGGAUAGAGCGUGAACGAGAUUUCGAUGAGCUGAAACUGCUGAGGGAUGUGUGCAUGAUGCGAAUACCAUCGCUGGAUAAAUCUCCUCAAAUGAAUCAGGGCAAAAACAUGUUGGUUCAUUUCUUUCCUCAAUGGUUGGGAUGGUACAAUAAUAAUAAUGGCAGUGCAGCGGAAUCACCGCAUACGCCAGAACAGAAUGGGGAUCCAUCGGAGCCAAACUGGGGCCAAGAGGAAGAUCUGAGCCCAAUCAGCAGUUUUGAAGACGAAAUUCUCAAUGCACUCUCUGACUCCGUAGACACCAAUUCGCUUCUUAAACGGGAUGCCGUUUUCGGUAGGUUCAGUUUUGUGUUAAGACAGGGCACCAUGGAUUUCUGCAGUGCUCUGGAGAUGACGCCUAAAUUACAGUUUCAGUUCCAAAGUCUUAAACUUGAUGUAGAAACAAGACCACGAAGCGGAUCUCAUUACUUGAGGUUAUCGUUAGGAUCUAUCCAUAUUAAAGAUCGUAUCACCCCAAAUUCACAGUUCCCAGACCUGGUGAAGCCACAGGCGAAAGAUGACUUGCAAGUCACCGCCAAAGUUGGGCCGGUCAAAUCAAGAAGUCAGUCGUUACAGCAAACCCCCCUGGAACCAAUUUUUGAAGUGCAAUAUGAGCGAAAACCUCUCUCACACGAUACCGAUUAUCGACUGUUGGUGAAAUCACAGUCGCUGGAUAUCGUUUACAAUAUGGAUGCCGUCAAAUGGAUAGUAGACUUCCUUACCAAGCCUCAUCAACAGUACGACACUAGGAGGAAACUAGAAAACAUGAAGAACAAAACAAAGAUGGAGUUGAUGCGAAACAUGAAAAAUAUUCUCGAAGGACACCUCAAUACCAGAAAAACGUGGACGUUGGAAUUCGAUAUCUUCGCUCCUCAGAUCAUAUUUGUGGAUAAUUUCGCCGAUAGGCAAAACAGUACAAUUGUUGUAGUUGAUUUCGGUCGGCUACAGUUGACGAAUGGUAACAAACCAUUUCUUGGGUCCAAUCUGGUGGGAAAGUCAGCCAAUAAUGAUAACUCCCCGGAAAUGACAACGGAGAAUGAUGAAGAAGAUGCAUUUAUGACUCCUUGCUCAACACCUCCGGGUUCGGAGGCCAGCACAACUAACUCUCCCACUCUACAGUCGGCUUUAUCGGAAUUACCAGAACUCAACUUUACCGCUGGCGAUACACUAGAUGAGCACUUGCUCUACCAAAAGUUGUACGAUCGUUAUCACAUUCACCUUACGGACCUCCAGGUUCUGGUUUGUCGAGGGAAAGAACGAUGGAACUUUGCCAGUACGAAAGGCACAUCGACUUUGCACGUGUUGGAUCGUUUCAGCAUAGCUCUUCAGGUGGAGCGACGCGUAGUGUACACAAGCGAUCCCCAAUAUCCCAGCCUGACGCUUUCGGGGACUCUCCCGAAGCUGAACGCUCAUAUCAAUGAAUACAAAGUGUCUACCCUUGUUACACUUUUCCAUAGUCUCACAAAGUCGGGUCAAAUUUGGACGACGACUGGUGACGUUCCGGAUGUGGCAGAAGUUGCCCAACCCGAGGGUCACGCUGCAAGUGACGAUGAUAGUAUCACAGAUAGCAGUUCAGCGUAUCGGCGCGAAUCCGCUAAUAUCAUCGUGUUUCAGUUUACGAUCGACCAGAUGUCACUUGAGGUGCAAUCCAGGGGAAGAUGUGUAGCGGAGCUGCAAGUUUCCGGCGUGAAGGCCGGCUACAGUAAGCGGCCGGAGGACGUAACGCUGACUUUGUCCGUGCACGGACUGUUGCUGGCCGAUGCCAUGCAGUCUUUCGGGCCCGAUUUCGAGUUACUCAUCGCGAGUCAUCGGCACGUUGGAAUGGAUAGUUUAUCGGGAAGCCUAAGGCAGAGCGAGCCUUGCUCUCCUUGUUCGCCAGGAUCGCCCGAUCCGAACAUGGAAUAUCGGAGACCGACGAGUCCAUUGACGAUUUCAAAAGCACUAAACAACUUACAGAAAGAGACAUCUUCCCCCACGUGGAAUGCUACACAAUUCGGUGACCUAGAUGCGUUGAUCACGGUGGAGAUCACCUUCGUAAACAACGAGAAGGUUGGCGAAAAUCUACAAAUGGCUAAUAUUCAAUUCAACAAUCUUGAUAUAAUCGCCAAUCAGGAAACCAUUGUUGAGUUGCUUGGGUUUGUGAAACGGGUGAUUCCCAAGGCUCCCCCUAAGCCGCCUGAACAAACGAGGCCGAUACCGAAACCGGAGGAUAUAAACGCAUCCACAGGUUCGAUUGCGACCGCAGUCGGCACCAACGGUGAAACCGUAGAUGUCUCUGCAGUUCGAACGGAAAUUACAUUCGACUUUCACCGAUUGAACGUACUGGUUCUAAGGGCGCUGAUGAGGGACAACUAUUUGGUAGGUCGUAAGGUCGGUACGUUUACGAUGUCGGAGGCGAAGAUCCACGCAUCGCUGGGAACGUGUGUGACCGUAGAAGGGUCUUUGGGCGGUCUACAGGUUCUGGAUCUGACCCCUGAGGGUAUCAAUCAUCAGCGAAUCCUAUCCGUGGGUAAGGACCCCCUGACCGAUCCUCCAGAAAUGCGUCAGGGCCCAGACCUUAUGACAUCUCUAGCACAGGAAGUUUACGGCGUCCCACAAAAAUCUGUAGAUGGACUUCAAGAGGAACGACAGGCUCUGUCUUUCGGUGUUUCCAAAGAUAUCAACGCAAUCAUCGACGUUAGAGUGAAGAUGGCUUCGGUGUGGUUCAUUCACUGUGCCAGGUUCAUGCAGGAAUUGAGUUGGUGUGCUUCUGAGUUUAAGCACUACUUGAAAAACUUGGCAAAAUCUAUUAGGGACAAAGCAACGGAUAUGGCCUUGGGCUUGGUGCAAUCCAGAAGCGAGCUCAGCAACAGUCGUCCAGAAAGCAUAUACAACUCGCCAAGGCGUGCGAGAAGACAACGGACGAUUUCUCUGUCCAAGACGCAGGAAGUUCUACUGAAUUCAGAGUACACACUCAAGGUGGACAUUACCCUGGAGACCCCAGUGUUGAUUCUACCGAGAUCGGGUAGUAGUCCACAAGUUUUAGUAGCACAUUUAGGCCGCAUAACAGUAAGCAACACCCAGGAUCUGCAGGACAGUCCUUCUAACGAAAGCAAAAUUAACUUGACUGAUACGAUAGUCAACGAAGAGAAUACUUUAGUUGAUGAUGUCGCUUACAAUUUGAGCGAUGUGGACGGAGUAUUUGAGGCAAUGGAUGACAAUAAUGACACAAGUCGAAUAAGAUUUGCCAAAGAAAACUCAAUGGAGUUUAUUGAUAGUGUUGUACAUAACUAUGACCUCUAUAGAAUCGAUAUCAAGAACAUCAAUCUGUAUUCGCUCGACACGACUAAUCGCAAAGGAUUUAGAUUUUCCGCCUUACCACGAGCGGAAGAGUUCUACUCAUGUAAAGCAAAUGCUAUUCCAAUUAUUCAUGACACGAUAUUUUCACUGGAAAUAUCUCGCGACACCAGUGAAAUAGAUAGCGACGGAUUCAAAAUCAUUGGCCGUGUAGUGAAACCUUUAAGGGUUUCUUUGAAACGUCAACAGUACGAACAACUUCUGGAAACUAUCGAUAACUUGUUUAAAAUUCCAAAAGAUCUAAUUCGACCCCCAACGGAAACUACGGUACUGGACAAACAUCCAGAAAUCAUCGAGGAAUCGACGUUCAAUGCAUAUCCCAUUACGGACAAGGUUCGGCGGGGCCUUCUUUACCAAAAUAGCUUCGAAGAGCGCCCAUCUUCAAUAAAUCUGAAGGUGAACUUCGAUCUACCCGCCUUCAUCAUUCAGCUGAACGACAUUCGCAAUGAACCACAAAUACAAAUCUCCUUCAGAGACUUCUGUGUACAAUUCGAGAAACGGAACAGCUACGAAACGCACGUAAAAAUCUCGCUACGAUCAAUCAUGAUGGAGGACUUGCUUCAACCGGACACAGCCAAGACUCGUUAUAUGGUAGUAUCGUCUUCUCAAAACGAACAAUACGGUCGACCCACCUCCUCCUUCGCAUCAUUAUCUUGUCCAAAUCUGGCCGGACUUCUGGGCGACGUUGAAGAACUACCGAACUCGCUACCGACCAAAUUUGACGACAAAACGGUUUUCUACUUUUUGACGGCAAAUAAAUCUCAAUGUCCCGACACUCCUCCGCCAUCGCCAUCGAUGCAGAGGCUCAAUCAAAGCGCCACUGCCGGCUCCGAAGAGACAAACCUCGUCAUCUACACAUCCGUGAUGGUCGAUCCCGCCUGUCCGGCAUUUGCAACUCAGUUUAAUUCGCUGCAAACGUCUAGCUCGAUCGAUUUCAACAGUCUGGAUCUGAUCGUUUCGGUCGAAAGUUGGUUCGUUCUUUUGAACUUCUUCGGACUGCUGAGCGACGAUGAGGGUAGCAACACUUCUUCCAAAUCUGCGUCCGAACAGAACACGCCGGAAAAGGCACCUCCUACUGGACAUUCCAAAUUGGAAAUUUCCGUGCGAUCGUUGUCGUUGGUGUUGGCAAAACCAAGUUACGAAAUUGCCAAGGCAAACGUAUCCAACGCCCAGUUUACCGUAUCCAAGCGGAACCACAGGAAGCAGGUGGAGGGAAAGUUGGGCUCGAUUACGCUGAGUGAUCUGACACCGUACGGUUUCAUGUAUCGGGAAAAGUUCAUGACCACCGGAAACGAAGCCUUGAGCUUCGUUUACACGAGGGACUCCGCCAAAUCCAAUGCCAGAAACCUGCAGAAGGAUGCCCGACUGAAGAUUGAGAUGUCGUCUGUAAGAUUCGUUCACACUAAGCGAUUCAUCGCCGAAAUCCAACUGUUCUUCAAGGAGUUCUCGCAAUUACAAACGCCUGUAAUGCGUAAAAUUAAAACCACCGAUUCGAAGUCCUACAUGAAGCAACGUCCAACCCAGCUUGGCCUCGAAAUCAAAGCCGGCGCACCAAUUCUGAUUCUUCCGAUGGCGUUCAACAGCGAGCAGGUGAUAGUGGCCGAUUUGGGUGAGUUUACUCUGAAGAACGAAUUCAGGAUGAGUGACGAUUCCGCGGUGAUCAGUGUGUCGAGCGACCCCAGCAUGAAGGAAGUCUUGGACGUUAUGUAUGUCAAUCUUCUACACACGAACAUUUUUGCGGCUCGUAAAGUCGCCAAACCGGAAGGCCAUCAGGCACAGGUUGAUUUUGAUGAAGCAGCAGUCGAUAUGAAAUGCUUCUGGCUUGUAAAACAGGGACCAAGCUUGCUGAAAGAAAAGUGUCACCUCAAACUGCAAGUAGAACGAAAUAUGGACUCGUGGAAUAGUCAUUAUGUUCCAGACAUCAGCGUGCAUGGCACACUUUCCCGAUUGGAAGCUGUGCUGGAUCAGGAGCAGUAUCGAUUGAUUCGCGGUUUUCUGUCGUUCAACUUGGGCGAAAAUCUGGACGAACUAUAUCUGAGGCCAAUGUCGCACAUUCCAAAUAGUACUUUAAGUUUAAACACAGACACCGAUCCCAUCGAGGAGGUUUGGAAAAAUCUUGCGAUUCAUCUGGAACUUCAGGAUGUGUCCGUUCGUUUGGAAGCUCUUGGAAGCGAUCGGAAACCCACCCCACUCGCUUGUAUCAACUUCAUAAAGUCGAAGCUGCUGGUUGAUAGCUUGAGCGAUGGGGCGCAAGAUAUCGACCUGGUUUCACAAGAGAUUUUGAUCAAAGAUACUCGAUUCGAUAAACCGUGCUUUCAGGGAGACAUUAAAAAUGUUUUUCCCGAUAUUCUGCAACCAAUCGAUGCUGGCGAAGGACAGGUUCAGGCGGAGAUUCACAGCAGGAGGAGGCAGGAUUUGACAAAGUUUACCAUACUGUUGAACAACAUGCGAUUAAUGGCAAUAUUGGACUGGUUAGAGAAUGCGAAGGAUUUCAUUCUCCAGCAGGAAGAUCAGCCACAGAUGGGACAGGAGAUAAAUACUGGUGAGAGGAUAGUAUCGACGGAUGCCAGUAAACGUGCUCCUACGCCCAGCGAGGACCACAGAAUGGAGUUAAAAUUGAACAUAACGGAUUCGGAGUUGGUUCUGGUGGAGAAAACAGACCAAAAGGACACUAACGCAGUUAUACUUAAGAGUACAACCGUCGUAUCAUAUCGUCCGUUCGAGCUGGCCAAAACAAUGUCCAUCAACCUGAACAAUUUGGAGGUGUGCUCGUGCGUUUUAGGGUCAGAAGAUGGUUCGGCUCUAUCGAUCAUCGAUCCCGUCACGGUUAACAUGGACCUCCGCCAAGGGGUGCUCGAUGUGCAGAUGCAGAAGCAGCUGUGCAUUCGGCUAUCGUAUAACGACGUGAAAAUGUUUCAACGUAUGUUGAAGUCCUUGCCCGGUCAAACCAAGAACGCCCGAGAUAGUAAGCAAGCCAGCAUGGAGGACGGGGUAGAGAACAACACGGCUGUGGAAAAGUUAAUUUUACUGGGAUUUAAGCGUGAGGAUUGCUUGCAAGCGUUGGAUCGAUGUAAAUAUCAAAUAGAUGAAGCAGCAUUGUGGUUGACCCAAAACUCGGAACCUCAGAAAUACGACAUGGCGGUUCCGAAGGGUGGCAUGACUGUCGAAGCAAUCGAGCUCAAAGCUCCGUGCAUAUCAAUUUGUGUAAUUGAUGACUGUCGAGAUGCGGAUGUGCCACUUGUGGAGUUGUCCCUAAGUAAACUUGAUUUGAGGCAAGAAUUGGGCCAACGUGCAGUGACGAAGGAUGGAGCAGAUACGGCGAUGCAAAUUUGUUCCACAACCACGAGGGAUUUCGUUGGAUUCAAAGCUGGUCGGAUGAUUGGAGUAUUUGCUGGCGAUUAUUACAACCGAGCUUUGAGCGGCUGGGAACCAUUAAUUGAACCUUGGAAAGUUGAGGCGCAGUGGGGAUACAGCCUAGGGCACACUGGUACCAGUAGGAAUCUUCUGAAUCUGCGAAUUGAGAGCAAUGAUAUUUUAAGACUGAAUAUUACCAGUACGUUAAUUGUAUUGUAUCAGAUGGUUAAAGAUAAUUGGACUCAGGAUUAUUAUAAUUCCAAUAUCAACAUGGCAAAUAGGAGCCCUGUCAAUUACCGCCGACGCACACCAUUUGUACCAUUCGCUAUCAAAAAUGAUACCGGAGUUCGGAUAUGGUACACAACGCUAGUCUCCACCGAAAUGUCGCGUUUGAAUGUUCUAACCGAUCCCAACACCCGGUGGACGCUGGUCGAUCCCGGGGGGACGUCUACUUUCUCAUAUGCAACGAAAAGCAAACAAAGGCAUCGCGACACCCACAAGUUCAACCUGCAUCAGAUAGCUGUACGUGCUGACGGAUGGCAGGAAGUAGGACCAAUAUCGGUGGAUCGUGUAGGAACCUACUUCAGACACGCUCGGGCCGAUCUAGUCGAUGACUACUCGCAAAUUCCACGCGCCAGAAUUGUGUUUGCCGUUACUUUGGAAGGAUCUGCACAGAAGCUUAUCACUGUACGAUCUGCCUUGAAAUUGACGAAUAAAUUGGAUAGCCCUGUUUUGGUGAAAAUGGAGCACCUGUUCGGGCACUUGAACAUCCGUAAUUGGCCUGACACGCAGACACAAAUACUGCAUUCGAACGAAGUACUAAACAUCCCGUUGACCCAUGUGCACGCCACUCUAUUCUUUAGACCUCUGCCGGCAAAUGUCCCCUUGCUCGAGGAAGUCAACGCAAACAAUUCGCGAUCGGAAGAGCUGAGUAACUCCAGUGAUGGUUGGAAUUUGUUGCAGAAGUUUGACGUGCAUAAGUCGUUCAACAGCAACAACGGUUUCCAGUUCACCGAUAGGGGUGUCAAGUGGAACGAAGCAAUGGAAACAGGGGAGUUGUAUCAGGAGCUGAGAGUCUGCCCAGGGCUACGUGAUAGAUCAUAUCGGAUGUUAAUCGCUCUUCGCAAGGAAGGAUAUCCGUCAAGGGAUGUGAUUCGGCUACCAGGGCACCAAAUCACCAUCUGGCCACCGAUACGGAUACACAACCUGUUACCGUGUGAUCUUUUGUACAAACUGCCAUCUGGAUCGAAAGGUCGAAUUUCAUCUUCGGAAACGGCGAAGAUAAACGAAAUGGACAUCGAGCAGUCGGUAACAUUAACGGUCACACUCGAUAGUUAUCCAGAUGCAGGUCAAAUAAGUAUUCCGGCAGGUUUCUAUGGCUCUGCUGAGCAAGAUGUUCGUCUGUUCGAUACUAGAGCAAGAAUGCUGAAACUCAAAGCAUUUAUCCACAUUGCAAAAGGCAGAGGGAUUCAGAUAUCAAUCAGUGCACCCUUUUGGUUGGUCAACAAGACUGGAAUCCCGCUAAUUUUUCGGCAGGAUGAUCUAGAUAGUGACAGCGCUGGGCAAUUUUCCGAGAACGAACAAGCUCGAAUGAUAUCGCCUUUCAUGUUUGCGUUCUCGGAUCCAUCUUGCUCCGGUUGUUUGACCAUGCGGCUUGGAAAACGUUUCGGUUCAUCCGUCAGUUACUGUCAGCCAUUCAAGCUGGAUCAGGGCAUCACACAUCGACAGCUGAUUGGCGGUAGCGAAUCAUUUAUCAUUGGAAUUGAGAUCCAACGGGCACGUGGUCGAUACAAUCAAACAUCCAUAGUGACCUUCUCGCCACGGUACCAGUUGUACAACCGAAGUUCCUACAAGCUCCAAGUAGUACAAAAAUGUUUUGCUACUACGGUUCAUGAUGCGGUAGCGAAAUCUAAUUCCAUUGAAGCCGUCCCAGGUUGCCAUAUAGCUUACCACUGGCCUCGUCUGGAUAGGGCGCAGGAAUUGUGUGUUCGGCUUCCGGAAAUCAACGAAUGCUUGUGGUCUUCGGGAAUCCCAAUCCGGGAAACUCAAAGCCUUUACAUCAACAUAAGAACCGUCAACGGUGCCAUGAACUUCCUUCGGUUGGAAACCAUACUUCAAGGAGCAACAACGUUCAUGAUUUUCAGCGACGCCCAAUUGCUCCCACCGCCCAUUCGAAUAGAUAACUACUCCGAAGUGCCCAUCUUAUUUCACCAAAGAGCUUCUGCACACACAGAGAAUCAUUUGAAGUCAUACGUUAGACCACACAGUUCCAUCGCCUAUGUGCUAGAUGAUCCUCUCGGACAUCAAUAUUUGCAGCUGGAAGCACCCGGUGGCGAUUUUCAGGUUUGCUCACUCGACAGAUUCGAAGAUUUCCGAUUAACUUAUGAAAACUUUAUCUACAUUGCGUUCAGUCAGACCUUUGUAGCCACACCCACAUUCGAAUUCGGGUCUACGAGCGACCCGGAAUCCCAGCAGUUGGUGCUUGGGGUAGUAGAAUCUCGAGUUAUAUUGGUACGAAAACAGGCUGGUGAUCGUUCGCAAUUGUGGAGGAUGAACAACGAGAAGCAAUUGGAACAUGAAGGCUCUACUCCACCUAGUGAACCAGGUAGGAAGCAGCAACGAUUCGUUUUGGAUCUGGACAGACCGCCGCAGCCUACGCAGUUUAUCAAUCUGGUUGUCCGACCGGCCAAUCGACAACGGAAGUCAACCCAAACUUGGCGAUUUACCGAAGAUGGCCGACUAAUGUGCGAACAUUCAAAUAUGUGUGUGCAACCUAAAGGCGGAAUUUUCGGACUGCAGAUUGGAUCUGAUGCUGUGUUGGGAAUGUGUGUAUCGGAAACCAAGGCAUUGAACCGAUUCGGGGUAGCCUAUGACCAAGCUAUAGAACGGCAGAAGCUGCGACCUGGAUCUGGUUUACUUGCCGUUCGGAACAGCAUGGAUGGCCCGAUCAAGUGCAUUGAAAUAAAAGAUGUGAAAAACCUUUCUGGUGGUCCUCUGAUGUUGGAUGCAUCGUGGAAACACGUUUCGCACAUUUUACACGAACGAACUGGAAGGAGAUCAUUUGAGCUGAUUCAGAACAAAGAUCAAAACGAAUACAAUGUGAUUUUAACGCUGAAAAGAGGCGUGGGAUUAUCUCUCAUUUCCAACCAACCAUGUGAAGAGCUGGCUUACGCAACAUUGGAAAACAUUAAAAUGCAUCUCAUUUCAACUCCCAGUGAAGUCUCACUGGACUUCAGUGUUGGUGAUAUGCAGAUUGACAAUCAACUUUUCGAAACCUCGUGCCCCAUAAUGCUUUAUACGAUAAGCUCGACGUCAAACAACGAUUCGGCUAAUUCAGCAACGGAAAGGUCGCUGCAGUUGGAUGUUACCCUGCUCCCUAGUCCCAACACCAACGCUGUAAUCUUCAAGCAUUUUAUCCUACAGCUCCAACAAGUGGCUGUCUACCUUGAAGAGCGUCUAAUUCUUCGGUUAAUCAAAUUCUUCGGUCUCGCCAAGAGCACUACCUUUCCCAAAGCCCUGCCAGACGAAUCGGACCAUGAGACUCAAAAAAUUAUCUACAAAGUUUUGGAUGCCAACGUGAAACGUUACUAUUUUGGUAACUUGCAGAUCAUCCCUAGUCAAAUCCGCCUCAGCUUCAUAACCGCUUCCAAACUGGCGCCAGAAUUUGCAGAAAUCAAACGCAACCUUGGAUUCACCUUUAUCAAGUUCGAGGACGCCGUUAUCAGUUUUGAGAAAUUUACGCACAAAUGCCAUUUCGAAACGCUGGAUGCUUACCUGAACGCCAUUAAGGCCCACUACAAGCAGGAGAUAAAAUGGCAAGCGGCCAGUAUCCUUGGCUCGGUGGAUUUUCUUGGUAAUCCGCUGGGAUUUGCCAAUGAUCUCACCGAAGGAGUUUCCGGUUUAUUGUUAGAAGGAUCCAUCUCUUCACUGGUGAAAAAUGUUACGCAUGGAAUUUCUAAUUCAACAGCCAAGUUAACGGAAACAAUUUCCGAUGGGCUGGGGAAAGUCGUUUUCGACGAUGAACAUGUUGAAACACGCCAAAAAAUUCUGGAUGUUGCGGUAUCGGGAGGCAGUGGAAGCACUACUGGCGACCACCUAGUGGCUGGAUUUAAAGGAUUCACUUUCGGACUACUGGGCGGAGUAACAAGUGUAGUCAAACACACCUAUCAUGGGGCUGUCAACGAUGGAUUCUCCGGUUUUGUAACAGGUCUAGGCAAAGGCCUGGUGGGAACAGUAACGAAACCUGUCAUAGGAGUUUUAGACCUUGCUUCGGAAACAGCCAACGCUGUUCGAGAGCAAAGCAAGAGCUCAAGUCGCAUACUACCUGAACGGAAACGAAAUCCUCGCGUCGUUACUGGAGCACCCGGUGGACUUCUUCCGCCUUACUCGAGCAUCCUUAGCAAGGGUCAACACUAUCUGUUCAUCAUAAACAAACGAAACUUCUCGGAGCACUUCAUGGCCUAUGAACCAUGUCUUCUUGAUACCAAAGAUUCAAAAAUGCGAUUUCUCGUGUCGGCGGAGAAUGUGUAUGGUUUCUCCAAGAACGAAGAAUCCACGACAACCGUGUUUCAAUACUCCCUUAGCGACAUAAUUUCUUGCCACCCUGUUGUGGUUCCACCACCGACGGCGUCCGACACCAAUGCGCGAUCCAAAAGAACCACGACGUACAUUGAAUUCUGUUUGACGCUUCCAUCGAAAUCGCUAACCCCAAGCGCACCGGAAAUGGUGAAGAGGCCACGCGUCCGUUGCCAAAACGAGGAAAUCGCCAAGAAGAUCUGCCAUCAUAUAAAUUUUGCAAAAUGCAUCUACGACGAACGCGAACAAACGCUCUAUUCGAACGCUGUGAUUGAAACGUAAGUGAGUUGGUUUCACCCAAAGUACACAUUUCCCAACCAACUAAAUAUAAUUAUAGAUAAGGGAAAAACAAGCAAAUCAAAAAAAAAAUGUUAGUACUCGCAUUGUUGGCCCCUUUUGGGGCAGUGAAAGGUUGACAUUCUAUGUCAUGGGUCAUCGCCGUCUAUUUAUUGUACUUUUCUUCUUUUCUGUCGAAGAGAAAUCCCCGAUUUUUAAAUCCCGCGAAUUUCAUUACCGUUGAUAUAUGAAUAAAUUAUUUUGUAAACGAAAUAAAAGUUGAUCGCA